CGGCGUCACGUUGGCAGCCCUCGCCGCUGACACCUGUCAACAAUGUCAUAACCCGUACUAGUGCCUUACAAAUUGUUAUUGUUGUUGUUUACGAUUAAAUGAUGCGUUUGUUGCAAUAAUCGCCCCGAUUAUGUUAGAAAAAAUGUCUCCGUUCCGUAAAAAGAAAUCCGAGAAGAGUUUCCCCGUCAAAGUGUGCACACUAGACGCGGAACUCGAGUUCAACUUACAGUGGAGAGCUACAGGCCGGGACUUGUUCGAAUUAGUCUGUCGCACGAUCGGUCUGCGAGAAACGUGGUAUUUCGGGCUCCAAUAUGAGGAUUCGAAGGGAUUCAUAUCGUGGCUGAAACUAGACAAAAAAGUACAAGACCAAAGCAUACAAAAAGACCCCCAGAGCACCGUCUCCUUCAUGUUCUUCGCCAAGUUCUACCCGGAAGAGGUGGCCGAAGAGCUCGUGCAGGAAGUCACGAAGCACUACUUUUUUUUGCAAGUGAAGCAAGCCAUACUCUCUAUGGACGUGUAUUGUCCACCUGAAGCUUCGGUUUUGUUGGCGAGUUACGCCGUCCAAGCCAAGUUUGGAGAUUUCGAUUUAGACACUUAUAAGCCGGGAAUGCUAGCGAACGAAGACUUGCUACCUCAGCGCGUGAUCGACCAAUACCAAAUGACGUUGGACAUGUGGGAGGAGCGGAUAAGGGUGUGGUAUUCGGACCACAGGGGCAUGUCGAGGGACGAGGCGGAAAUGGAAUACUUGAAAAUCGCCCAAGAUCUCGAUAUGUACGGUGUUAAUUAUUUUCCUAUUACGAAUAAAAAAGAGACUGAGUUGUGGUUAGGUGUGACUCCCUUAGGCCUCAAUAUUUACGAAAAAGAGAAUAAGUUGCAACCAAAAACGACGUUCACGUGGGCGGAAAUAAGGCACAUCAGUUUCGACGACAAAAAAUUCAUCAUCAAACCGGUGGACAAGAAUUCUCCAAAUUUCGUCUUCUUUAGUCAAAAAGUUAGGAUGAAUAAAUUGAUUCUAGAUUUAUGCAUGGGCAACCACGACCUGUUCAUGCGAAGACGAAAACCCGACUCCAUGGAGCUCCAACAAAUGAAGGCGGCGGCGAAAGAAGAGAAACAGCGACGACAAAUCGAGAGAAACCGCCUGGCGCGUGAAAAGCAGCUGCGCGAAGAGGCGGAGCGAGAGCGAGCCAAUCUGGAACAAAGGUUGCUUCAGUACCAAGAGGAAAUCCGGCUGGCCAAUGAGGCUCUGAAACGCUCCGAAGAAAGCGCCGACCUCCUGGCCGAGAAAAGCCGAGUGGCGGAAGAAGAAGCCAUUCUUCUUAGUCAGAAGGCGUCGGAAGCCGAACAGGAAAUCACCCGUUUACGACUCACCGCGAUGCGCAAGGAAGAGGAAAAGGUUACGCUGGAACGUAAGACUCGGGAGGCGGAAAUGUUGACGGCUCGACUGGUCGAGGACUCGGAACGACGUGCCGCCGAAGCGAACCGGCUCAAGGAGGAGUUGCUGAGGGCCAGGGCCGCCGAAAAGUUAGCCAAAGAGAAACUGCUGGAUUUUUUAAGUCGGGGCUCGUUUACCAGCUCAGCCACCACCAGCCCCAUCUCAUCUGUUACUACUUUGUACUCAUCAUCUUUGAGUCCGUGUCUGGGCGCGGACUUAUCACUCUUGGACGCCGACGUCGGGACUUCCCCUGAUCUCAACCUCACCCUCAACGCCUACGACCUGGCCAACGCCGACACCGACCAGCUAUCCCUGGAAAUCGAGAAAGAAAGGGGUUUCUGCCUGGAAAAACAGAAGCACCUCCAGCACCAACUCCGAGAGCUCCGCACCGAGAUCGCAGUUCUAAAAGUAGCCGAGAAGCAAACCGAGUUCGACCAGCUGCACAGCGAGCAGGUCAAACUCGGCGAGAACAAGUAUUCCACCCUGAAAAAGAGCAAAUCGGGCUCGACGAAGUCCCGAGUCGCAUUCUUCGAAGAACUGUAAUAUUUCCUGUAACAGAUAAAUAAAUUUUAUCAUUUUUAAA